ACCACCACCACUACCACCACCAAGCCGACCACCACCACCACCAAGCCGAGCUCCACUACCACUAAGCCGAGCACCAUUGCCAAGUCCACCACCACUACUACUACCACUACCACUCCCGCCAAGACCACCACCACCACCACCACUCCCUCCAAGACCACCACUACCACCGCUACUCCCACUACCACCGGCUCGGCGUACGUCCCCGUCAACCUCCGCAGCAGGAUCGGCAAGCUCGUCAUGGGCUACUGGGGCAACCAGUCCGGCUACGGAGAGCAGUCCCUCGCCAGCUACUGUGACACCGGUGACUAUGAUGUCAUCUACCUUGCCUUCAUGUACAUCUGGGGCCAGGGACAGGCCCCCCAGGUCGAUUUCUAUGGAAACCCCAACGGCGCCGUGCCCAGCAUUUACCAGCUCCCUCAGGUGGCCGCUGAUGUCCAGCACUGCCAGUCCAAGGGUGUCGCCGUCAUGAUCUCCGUUGGCGGUGCCACCGGCACCUCGUAUCUUUCCUCUGCCGCCGAUGCCACCGACUUUGCCAACAAGCUGUGGAACCUCUACCUCGGCGGCAACGUCAACGACCCCAGCCGUCCCCUCGGCACCACCGUCCUCGAUGGUGUCGACCUCGACAUCGAGGAUAACGUCCAGCAGUACUACGACGUCUUUGCCACCUCGCUCCGUGCUGCCGGUGCCAGCAAGGGUCUCUAUUACCUCACCGGAGCCCCCCAGUGUGUCAUGCCUGACGCCGGCCUGAACACUGCCCUCCAGAACGCUGGCAACCAGUUCGACUGGGUCAACGCCCAGUACUACAACAACUACUGCGGCGCCAACGCCUACUCAAGCCCUGCCGACAUUGCCAACACCCAGGCUUCGUUCUCGUACGCCGCCUGGAACGCCCUCGGCGCCCAGAAGGGCUUCCAGUCCGGCCUCGGUCUCGCUGCCUCCUCCAACGCCGCCAACACCGGCUAUGUCUCUCCCUCCACCGUCCAGAGCAUCGUCAGCGCCAUCCGUGCCAACCCCACCACCUCGCCCAACUUUGCCGGUGUUAUGUUCUGGUCGUGCGCUCACGCUGCCCAGAACGGCAACUUUGCUGCCUCGAUGAGAAGCAUCCUCGGAUAAAGCCAAAUGCCAGCCUUCCCUCCCACUAUGAUGCCUUUGCCUCCCUCUCCCGCCUUUCUAAUGUACAGUGCUAUCAGUCUAAUACGUCUGUGGCCCUUUGAUCCUGUGUCUUCCUGGUGUUGUCCUC